AUGGGUGACGCUGAGAAAGGCAAGAUUUUUGUUCACAAGUGUGCCCAGUGCCACACUGUGGAAAAGCGAGGCCAGCACAAGACUGGGCCUAAUCUCCAUGGUCUCUUCGGGCGGAAGACAGGUCAGGCUGCUGUAUUCUCUUACACAGAUGCCAGUAAGAACAAAGGCAUCACAUGGGGAGAGGAUACCCUGAUGGAGUAUUUGGAAACUCCCAAGAAGUACAUCCCUGGAACAAAAGUGAUAUUUGCCGGCAUUAAGAAGAAGACAGAAAGGGCAGACUUGAUAGCUUAUCUCAAAAAAGCUACUAUUGAGUAA